UACAGUAGUGACAUUUGCAAUCAACAGACCUUGAUAAUGAACUCGGAUCAUUAGCUAAUAUUUAUUCGUGAGUGCAUUGUGAAAUGAAGAAAGUGAAUAAGAUUUGGUUUUACUUUCAUUGGAUUUUGAUUUAUGGGAAGUUGAGUGUGCUAGCCAAACCGGCUGUGAAGACGGAUAUUUGGCAGGACAAAAAUGAUCAAGAAGAAGAGCAGUUUGUAAAUAAUGUUAAUUUUAGUAGUGCCGUUAAUCACUCGAGAUUGCCUAGAGUUUUAAACUUUUUCCCAGUUCCGGUAGAAGAAGAGUGUAAUGCAAACGAUGGUCGUCGAAAAGGAGUAUGUAUGAAUACCUACGAAUGUAGAAUGAAAGGAGGAAAGUCAUAUGGAUUUUGUGCAUACGGAUUUGGAGUUUGCUGUGUAUUUACAGCUACCUGCGAUCAAGAAAUUUCCAACAAUAUUACUUAUUUUGUAAAUCCGGAUUUUCCCGAUUUGACUAGAGAUAUGAGCAGUUGCUCUUUAAAGGUUAAAAAAAUGGAUGAAGAAAUUGGCCAAUUACGUUUAGAUUUCGUACAUUUUAAUUUGGGACAACCCAAUAGAAAAAAUGGUAUUUGUGAAGAAGAUAUUUUUCUUAUGACUACCGGCAGUAAUUCCAGGGACAUCACUUUAUGUGGACUGAACAGCGGUCAACAUAUUUAUUUCGAUGUCGAUAACACUAACGACUUCAUCGAAAUAAAAAUGAAUAUGAGCAGAAAAGCUGUCACAAGACUAUGGGAAGUGAAAGUUACUCAAAUGCCAUUUUCUCAAAGAGCUCCAGCGGGUUGCCUACAAUAUUAUGAAGGUACCACUGGAAUCAUACAAACUAUGAAUUUUGCUGACAACGGUCGCCAUCUUGCUAAUCAAGACUACAACAUUUGUAUUCGACAAGAGGAUGCCAUGUGCAGUAUAGUAUAUGAACCAUGCCAUGAAAACGCAUUUAGAAUCAGUCCAAAUUCCGGUGAUGACUAUAUGGAAGUAGGUUCAGGUGACUACACUGAUGAUGAUGAUGAAGCUGGUAUCGUUGAAGGACGACAAAUGGAUAGCUGUGGUGAUAAAAUUACAAUACCUUGUGAAUCUGACGACUUGUUACUCUCGGGAGAAGAAGAUAUGAUUCAAGGCAUAUGUGACGUUAUCCAUUGCGGUUCUACGUUAUGUCCCGAUGGAGAAGACCCUUGCAGGAUCGAAAGCACCGUGACGCCCUUUGUGGUCGGAGUUCACUUUGGACGAACGGUCCGGGAAGCGUCUCCAGAAGAAAAUCUGGGAAUGUGUUUGACGUAUGAACAGCAGGAUUGUAAUGUGUAAAUCUACUUCGUAUUUUUGUACAAUUGUAUAGUAAACUUAUAUAAAAUAUUUAUGCGUUUA